UGAGCCUGCAAGAUUUAAACAAAGCCAUUUCUGGUCUAUCUGCGAUGUCAAAUGAACUUGAUGAUUUGCUCAAUAGCAUGACUGUGGGUAAAGUUCCUACUGUGUGGUCAGCUAGAUCAUAUCCUUCCUUGAAGCCUUUAGGUGGCUACAUAGCAGAUCUUUUACAAAGACUGAGCUUUUUUAAGGAAUGGAUUGAGAGAGGAACACCAAACGUUUUCUGGAUCUCUGGCUUUUACUUUACACAGUCUUUUCUGACUGGCGCACUGCAAAACCAUGCCAGAAAAUACAAGAUUCCUAUAGACUUACUAGGCCUUCAGUUUCAGAUAACAGAUUAUGAUCAUGCGAAUGAAAUUGACUCAUCACCG